AUGCGAAGCAGUACAGGGAAGCGACAAGUAGGAAACCACAAAAGAGAGAAGCAGCAGGCAAAUGGAAAAGAUGUUCAGACAACGACGACGGCAGCAACGCAGCAGCGCUUGAUCUGCUUUCAGAGGUUUGUUGUCCGCGUGCUUUGCAGAAGCAACAACAACAACCACGACAUCGCCAACAACACCCGCAUCAACACCAUCGACAACAGGAGAAACAACGACAAUAGCAGCCACAUCAGAAUCAUCCACAACAGAAACAGCAACAACCACGACAACAGAAGCAACAGCAACUACAACAACCACAAAAAGCACCACAAGAACAACCCUUCCGACGGUUGA